AUGUGUGUGUGUGCGUGUGUGCGGAGAGCGGUCUGUGAUGGUGCCGAAUGCACCGACGGUUGUAGGCAAGAUGAGGCCAUGAGUUUACACUUUGCUUUUGUCAUGCCGACCGGGUCGACGUGGCGGCGUGAGUUACGCGGACAAGGGCACUCGUGUGGCCUGCUUCCGACCAGUCGACGAGCCUCCGACUCGGGCGGAAGCGACGACUCAUCGGGCCCAAGGUGGGCCGCGGCAGGGCUGGGCAACCAGGUGGCCAGACAGAGAGCCACGUGUCUCGGGUGCCUGCGACAUGGUGGCAAAAUAAGCAUAUCCCGUGCCUUGGGUCAGCCUGGCAGCCAAUUGGCCGAAAUUGCAGGCCCCCCAUUGGCCAGUUCGUGUUGGCCAAUUAUAACGCAGGAUCACCACGAGACGUUAAAGAUGGGCGUCACUUGGCUCUGUCAAUCAUAUAGAAGUAUCGAUUUCUCCAUAUCACACAUCCACUCUUGCUCUCCACCACCUCCCUCUCUUUGCCUUACUGUUGCAUCUGUGAUUAGCCGAUACACUCUGUUUCAACGGGCCCUGCCCCUCCAAUUAAAUUGA